GACGCUGUAGAUGCUCCUUACGCCCCCAGGGACCUCCUCCCACCUCUUCUGUGCCCCUUGAGCUGCUGCACGUGUCUGCAGAUGCCUCCAUCUCCCCUAAUUUAGCCUUAGCCCCCCUCACUAUCUACAGCAAAGUACCUGCUCCAUGGCUGGGGCAAAAAAGAGCAGAGGUUGAUGGUUUGGAUGGAGGUGACCAAGUGUGGGGCCAGUUUCCAAGGUGGUCAUUGUCCAAGACGUGGCCCAAGGAAAGUGUUGGAUGCUUGGUGUGGAUACUAAGGGCUCUCUGUAGCAGUGUAGGGAUGGAUCCUGGGGGAGCACAGCCACCUUUGAUUGAGCUGCUGUGGUUGAGAGCUCCAACAGGAUCUCAGGGACAGAAUAAGAGUGGGGAAGAACAUCUGGUAGCUUGCAUGGUGGUGAAGAAAAGGGUGAAGGCUCACACCCUGUGCCAAAAUCCGUGCGCUGGAGUGGCACAGUGAGCUGAGGCUGCUCAGGGAUGUUUGGGCAGGGUGAAACCUGGACUGUAGCAGAGAGCAGGAUGCGAGCAGCAGGAGAGCAGGGAGUCUGCUGGGACAGUGCCUGGGAGGAGCAGGGCCAGCAGCAGGCACUGAGUCGUGGUUUGGGGAGUGGGGGAGCAGGAGUUUGCUGUCAGAUAACCAAAGGUUGAGGAGCAUGGGGUUUGCUCAGCCUCUGCCUGGAGGAGCAGCCCUCCCUUCUCCUGUGGCUGCUUCCUGGGUUGGUGCCACUCCAGCGGCGUGACUGGGGGAUGAAUUACGGCCACCGGGUUUUCCAUGCCUUAGUAUAGGCAUAGGCAUGGCCACGGCCUCAGCCCCCGCACGAUGGAGCGAGUGAGCCCUGGGUUCCUGCCUUACUGCAAGAGGCAGUUGGAGGCUCUCGGGGAGUGCAAGUCAGGCUAAAAAGUGUUGGAUUUUUUUAAAACAAAAAAAUAAAAAAGCCCUCCCACCAUCACAAGAUGUUUCUGUCUAACGGCUCUUUUCUCUCUUCGCUAAAUACAAAUUACGGCUCUGACAGCCGGAGGCGCUUAUCUCCAGCUGAAUGCCAAUUGCUUUCAGGAACAAAAUGUUUGAAGUUCCUCUAAGGUGAAGGCGCAGCAUGGUCCCUGCCACUGCUUUCAGUCUCCAAAAACCUGCUGUCAUCACCCCGACUUGGGUCUCAGGUCCCCAGCUGGGAGAGAACCAGGCGAGGGGGUGGACACAGGCCGUCAGCUACAUUUAGACAUAGCUCAGCCCUCCUGACUCAGCCAGGGGGGAUGGACAGGGAUGCAGUCCUGGCCUGACGUUGGCAGUGGCGUGGCCCCUAUAAUAGCACCGUGCCCCGACUCAGGCUCUCUCUCCCUGUCAGCCUCGGAGAUGAGUCUGUCUAUCCCUGCUGUGGGGCUCAGAAGGGUAGAGCCAGAGCUGGGACACCUUCUGGCAUCGGGGCUCUGACCUCUAGUGGGAAGCGUGGACUGGAGCCGGCUUUGGUGCUGCUGGCCAGCGGGACGCAGGGAGCGUCGGCUCCGCGAUAAGAAUAAGUACUCAGCUCCCGGCAGUGUUGCUGUCAUGGGGAAGGACUAUUACAAGAUUUUGGGCAUCCAGAGCGGCGCCAACGAGGAUGAAAUCAAGAAAGCCUAUCGGAAAAUGGCCCUGAAAUACCACCCUGAUAAGAACAAAGACCCCAACGCCGAGGAGAAGUUCAAGGAGAUCGCAGAGGCUUAUGAUGUCCUGAGUGACCCCAAGAAACGAGCCGUUUACGACCAGUAUGGGGAGGAAGGUCUCAAAACUGGAGGUGGCUCUUCAGGUGGCUCAGGAAGCACUUUCCACUAUACCUUCCAUGGAGACCCCCAUGCCACCUUCGCAUCCUUCUUUGGAGGCUCCAACCCUUUCGACAUCUUCUUCGCCAGCAGCCGCUCCCGGAUGUUCAAUGGCUUUGACCAGGAAGACAUGGAUAUGGAUGAUGAUGAUGACCCUUUCAGUGCCUUCGGCAGGUUUGGUUUCAACGGCAUCAAUGGGGUUCACCGGCGGCACCAAGAGUCCCUGCACACACGGAGGAAGGUCCAAGACCCUCCUGUCAUCCACGAGCUCAAGGUGUCCCUGGAAGAGAUCUACCACGGAUCCACCAAGAGGAUGAAGAUCACGCGCAGAAGGGUCAACGCUGAUGGCCGGACCAUGCGGACUGAGGACAAGAUCCUAAACAUUGUCAUCAAACGGGGUUGGAAGGAGGGAACCAAAAUCACAUUCCCCAAAGAAGGGGAUGCCACCCCAGAUAACAUCCCUGCCGACAUCGUCUUCAUCCUCAAGGACAAGCCUCACUCACACUUCAAGAGGGAUGGGACAAACGUGAUCUACACGGCAAACAUCAGUCUUAAAGAGGCCUUGUGCGGCUGCACAGUGAACAUUCCCACCAUCGAUGGAAGGGUGAUCCCACUUCCCUGCAACGACAUCAUCAAGCCGGGGACAGUGAAGAGACUGCGCGGGGAGGGUCUGCCCUUCCCCAAGGCCCCCAGCCAGCGAGGAGACUUGAUCGUGGAGUUCAAAAUCCGCUUCCCAGACAGAAUAGCUCCCCAGACGAGACAGAUCCUCAAGCAGCACCUCCCAUGCUCCUAGAGCCCUGGGACUCUCCUCCAAAGCAGCAAUACUCCAAACGCAUGUGCCACAGCACCUGGCCUGCACAGAGCCAAGGUGCCACAGCACUUUUAAAUGCAAAAAAAAAAGACAACCACCCCUCACACUACUUUCCCUCCCCAAAAAACCCACCCGACCCACCCCCCAUCCAUUCUUCUUUGCCAGUUUUCUACUCCAACAAUGGGGAGUCUCCUGUCUGCCACAGGCUGCCAGACUUUUUCUUUCUCCCCAGAGGUCCAGCUUUCCUGCCUCGCACGAGCGAGAGCCGUGGGCCCUUUGCCCCGGGAGGUGCGUCGCGUCGUGGGUUUUUUAUGUCACCUGCUUUUCAAGCCACUCUUUCCACAAGAGGCUGGACUUGUCGGGGUCCAGCGCAGUGUAAAUAGGACUCCGCAGGAUCUGGCGUCCCCGCUGCUGGUUUUUCUCUUCCCCUCUUUGAUACUUGCUGCUGUUUGGGGUCCCGGCUGUCCCGCGGUGCCAAUUACUCCUGCCCGCGGUGGCCCCCCCAGUAGCCGGACUAUUUCUCACCUGGGACCACGGUACCGAGUCCGGCCGUGGCCCACUCUCCUGUGCCAAGCCUACACCGAGCCUCGGCAGUGCCAAACAACGGAGCAUGUGGGGAUGGUCCAUCCAACCUCCUGCCCCUGCCUGGGGAUGUCACCGGUGCUUGUGGGCACAACCUGCCUGCACCUGCUGCCCACAGGGCCCCAGCCAGCAGGAGGAGGGGGGAAAGCCCAGGGUGGAGCUUUCUUUUUUCAGAUGUGUUGAGUUUGCAUUGCUGCUUUUAUUUUUUAAAUACAUAUAUAUAGAGCUCAUUAGAUAAA